GAAUUGGCAACCCUGAUUUAUCAUUCGCAGUUAGCUUGUGAAACAAAUAAUAACAAAACAAAAUGGCAUCUAAGUUUGUGAUUGUUGCUCUGCUGGUGGCCGCUGCUCAAGGCAGCGCUAUCCAUGGCGCCGACUACACCAGCUUCUCAUACGGAGUGUCCGACCCCCACACCGGUGACGUUAAGAGCCAGCACGAGACCCGAGUCGGAGACAGUGUGGUCGGCCAGUACUCGCUCCUCGACUCUGACGGCACAAAGCGCACCGUCGACUACGCUGCUGACGCUCACUCUGGAUUCAACGCCGUCGUCCGCAAAGACCCCGCUCUCUACGCUCACGCCGCUCCCGUCGUCGCUCAUGCUGCUCCCGUCGUAGCUCACGCUGCUCCCAUCGCCUACGCCGCUCCCCUCGCCCACGGCUACGCCGCCGCUCCCUUGGCUCACGGAUACUCCCACGGUGUUGCUGCCUACGGCGCAGUCGCCGCUCCCCUGGCUCAUGGUGCCGUAGCUUACGGUGCUCACGCUGCUCCCCUCGCCUACAACGCUGGAGUGUACGGUGCCCAUGUCGCUCCUCUCGCCCAUGGUGCCAUCGCCUACGGUGCCCAUGGCGCUCACGGUCUCUAUGGUGCUCAUGGUGCUCAUGGUCUCUAUGGCGCCCACCUGUACAUGGCAGCUAAGUUCGUGAUUGUUGCUCUGCUGGUGGCCGCUGCUCAGGGCAGCGCUAUCCAUGGCGCCGACUACACCAGCUUCUCAUACGGAGUGUCCGACCCCCACACCGGUGACGUCAAGAGCCAGCACGAGACCCGCGUCGGAGACAGCGUGGUCGGCCAGUACUCGCUCCUCGACUCUGACGGCACAAAGCGCACCGUCGACUACGCUGCUGACGCUCACUCUGGAUUCAACGCCGUCGUCCGCAAAGACCCCGCUCUCUACGCUCACGCCGCCCCCAUCGUGGCUCACGCCGCUCCCGUCGCCUACGCCGCUCCCCUCGCCCACGGCUACGCCGCCGCUCCCCUCGCCCACGGAUACGCCGCCGCUCCCUUGGCUCACGGAUACUCCCAUGGUGUUGCCACCUACGGUGCUGUCGCCGCUCCCCUGGCUCACGGUGCCGUCGUAGCUGCUCCCCUCGCCUACAAUGCUGGAGUAUACGGUGCUCAUGGUGCCGUCGCCUACGGCGCUCACGGAGCUCAUGGUAUCUACGGUGCUCACGGUGCCCACGGACUCUAUGGCGCUCACUUGUACUAAAUAAACAUGUGAUAAUAUUUAUUUAUACUGAAACUCCAAUAAAUGAUGCUGUGAUCAAAUAAAAUAGUUCGAAAUACGAA